AGACUCCUAAUACACCCCUUUACGUCCAACACUAUUAAGCUUAGUGCACGGAUAUAAAAUAGUAUGUGGUCCGAUUGCAGAUAUUUGAUAACAGAUGGUUCAACGGAUCUUGAACUCUCUUAUAUCCAAUACUAUUGGAUUUGGUGUGUGGAUAAAAAAUGGUAGAUGAUCUAAUAGUGAAAACCACAUAGUAACGGAUCUUGAAUUAGACUCUGAUACCAUCUUAAAAUAAAACCAAACCCAAACAUUUAACCUAUUAUAAAGUUCAAUUUUAAUACAUACCAAUUUUACAAAAUCUAGGAAGUGAACAUCAACAUCAACUUCAAAAUCUAAUACCAAGCAAGAAAAAGACAAUUUUUAAGAAAACUUGAAGCUUCCUUAAGCUUCUCCAACCUUCUUGACUUGAACCAUGCACACUCCACAAAUAUACUUCAUUCAAUUCAAUUCAUCAUCAUUCCAAAAAUGGCAACACUUUCUCCAUUUUCUUAUACUUACUCUUCCAAGAAACACUCUUCUUUUCUUUCUUUACCCUCCAAAAAACUCAAAACCACUUCCUUCAACUUCAAAUCAUUCUCAUCUCUCAAAGACCAAAACAAAACCAAUUCAUCACCAGCUUCCAUUGCUCCUAACAAACAAGACAACAUAAACAACAACAGCAAUAGCAAAGAUAAUAACAGUAUCAGUGAUGAUGUUGGAAGAGAAACAAACGAGGAUGAAAAAGACCAACAGGAAAUGGAUUGGAAAACUGAUCAAGAGUUCAAGAACUUUAUGGGAAAUCCAUCCAUUGAAGCAGCAAUCAAGCUGGAGAAGAAGAGAACUGAUAGAAAGUUAAAGGAGCUUGAUGAUGAAAGAACUAAGAAUAAUCCAAUCGUUGGUGUUUUCAACAACUUGGUUCGUAGAAAUUUGGUUAUGGAAAAAGAAAGACUAGAAAAAGUUGAGGAAACUUUCAAAGCUCUUGAUCUCAAUAAGUUGAAGAGUUGUUUUGGUUUUGACACGUUUUUUGCAACGGAUGUUCGAAGAUUUGGCGACGGAGGGAUUUUCGUUGGGAAUUUAAGGAGACCAAUUGAUGAAGUGAUUCCCAAGUUAGAGAAGAAACUCUCUGAUGAGGCAGGUAGAGAAGUUGUUUUAUGGUUUAUGGAAGAACAAAAAGAUGACAUUACCAAACAGGUUUGUAUGGUGCAACCAAAAGCAGAAAUGGAUCUCCAAUUUGAGUUAACUAAUCUGAGCAACCCCUUUGGCUAUUUAAGUUCAAUUGCAUUAGCAGUUACUACUUUUGGAACAGUUGCUUUGAUGAGUGGCUUCUUCCUUAAACCUGAUGCUACUUUCGAUGAUUAUCUUGCUAAUGUUGUGCCUCUAUUUGGUGGUUUCUUGUUUAUUCUUGGAGUUUCCGAGAUAGCCACCAGAGUAACUGCGGCGCGUUAUGGUGUUAAACUCAGUCCUUCGUUCUUGGUGCCGUCGAAUUGGACAGGUUGCUUAGGAGUGAUGAAUAAUUAUGAAUCUCUUCUCCCAAAUAAGAAAGCUCUUUUCGAUAUUCCUGUAGCGCGUACUGCUAGUGCAUAUUUGACUUCAUUGGCACUUGCUGUUGCUGCAUUUGUGGCUGAUGGAAGCUUUAACGGCGGCGAUAAUGCAUUGUACAUAAGGCCUCAAUUUUUCUAUAACAACCCUUUGCUUUCUUUUAUCCAAUUAGUUAUCGGGCCUUACACGGACGACCUAGGAAAUGUGUUGCCCUAUGCUGUCGAAGGUGUUGGUGUUCCUGUUGAUCCACUUGCAUUUGCCGGACUUUUAGGGAUGGUGGUGACUUCUUUGAACUUGUUACCUUGUGGAAGACUCGAAGGAGGGCGAAUCGCGCAAGCCAUGUUCGGAAGAAGCACGGCUACAUUGUUAUCUUUUGGUACAUCAUUAUUGCUUGGUAUUGGUGGCCUAAGUGGGAGUGUUUUGUGUUUAGCAUGGGGAUUAUUUGCAACCUUCUUUAGGGGAGGAGAAGAAAUACCUGCAAAAGACGAGAUUACGCCUCUAGGGGAAAGUAGAUAUGCUUGGGGCAUUGUUCUUGGUCUUAUUUGUUUUCUUACUCUUUUCCCUAACAUUGGAGGGACUUUCUCCAAUUCAUUUCUAAGUGAUCCAUUUUUUAGGGGGUAAAAUGUAAAUAUGUUGUAUAUUUGUACAUGUAUGUAAUUAUAUGUGUGUAUUAUUAUACAAUAUCUUAUUUAUGUACUAA